AUGGCUGUUCGAAUGGGUCAAGUCAUUGGUAUCUGGUUCUGGGUCGCCUUUACCUUCUUCAUCUUCGUCGUCCUCAACCAAACCCGUGGCUUCCUCCCCCUCGGAAUAUCCACAAACACCAGCACAACCACAUCCCCCAAACAACUCGGCCUCUCCACCCGCCAACGAAUGGCACGCUCCGAAUCCUCGUGGCGCUCCUCCGUCUCCCUCCGCCACGACAUGGCCACCGCACACCCGGCACACCCACAGGUACCUUUCUUCCCCGCGCAGACCCUCGACCAAUUCGGCCAGUACCCCUACACACUAUGGGACUUCUUCCCCGCCACCUACACCUGCCCGCACGACAUCCAGCGCGUCGGCCGCCUAGGCGAUGGGGGGAAAUGGGUCUGCGGCAUGUCGCUGUACGAGGCCAAACCUGCGCCCGCCAUCUCCAGGUCCAGCUCCCAGCAAGCCAGCACUGAAACCAUCAUCUACUCCUUCGGCGUCAAUGACGAAUCGACCUUUGAAGCUGAGAUGUUAGCGCGGAUCCCCAGUGCCCACAUCUAUGCCUACGACUACUCUGUAACCAGUUUCGGGCCGCAGCUCAGCCCCAGCUAUUCCGCGCGCGCGCAUUUCAAGCAACUGGGACUCGGCGCGAAAGAUGAGCUGUACCGGACGCCGCAGUUCUUCAGCCUAGCGUCGCUCAUGGCGCAGAACAAACAUUCGUACAUCGAUAUCCUGAAGAUCGACAUCGAAGGGUCGGAAUACACAGCGCUAGAUGCGUUUAUGGACGAGUGUGACAAGACGGGCAUUUUUCCAAUCGGGCAGGUAAUGAUUGAGCUGCAUCUGGUGGAUGACCAGCACGUGAACUUUGAGACGUUUGGGAAGUGGUGGGAACGGCUGGAGGCCUUUGGCAUGCGGCCGACGUGGCUGGAGGUUAAUCUGCUGAGUGUGACGUUGGGGCAGGGCAAGACGGAUCCUAGGUGUGUGGAGUAUGUGUGGGUUAAUGCUAAGGAUGAGAAAAGUGUGUUGUUGAUGGAGUAG